UAUACAUACACAGAGAUCAUAAUUUCGUCGUCUUCUUCUUCUGAAAGGUUUGACUCUCAUGUUACUCCACUUCGAAUCCGUAAAUUCCUCCGGUCCAUGUUACUCUCUCGUCCUCCUGAUCCCAUUUAAAUUUCUUCUCCUCGAAUCCUCUUCACCCCGGAAAACUUUUGGAUCCUCUAAUCGGCGUCCAUGGCGUCGACAUUCACUUCCGCUGCCCAAAUGCUACUGUUUCUUUCUAUUUUCUUUCUCGCCGGCGAGGUGGUUUCGCUCAAGUUCAAUAUCCACCGUCGGUUUUCGGAUUCGAUUAAGGGGAUUCUAAACUCUGAUGGUUUACUGGAGAAACACACCCCUGGAUAUUACGCAGCUAUGGUCCACCGCGAUCGACUACUUCACGGCCGGCGAUUGGUCACCUCUAAAAGCGAAACGCCUCUGACGUUCUCUUACGACAACCACACCUACCAUUACGGCAGUUUGGGAGAUUUCUACUACGCCAAUAUAUCUGUGGGAACGCCGGAGUUAGGUUUCUUAGUGGCAUUGGACACUGGAAGCGAUUUGUUCUGGUUACCUUGUGAAUGCAGCAAAUGCCGUACUUCCGUGGGCACUUCAGAUGGGGAAGAUUUAACGUUGAAUCAUUACAGUCCAAAUGCUUCAACAACGAGCAAAAGUGUUGCCUGCAGCAACUCUUUGUGCGAGCUUGCAGACCAAUGCCCUUCAAACAAAAGUUCUUGUCCUUACAAGAUUCAUGAUGCGUCUCCCAAUACAUCAUCUUCUGGGUAUUUGGUAGAAGACAUCUUGCACUUGGCCACCGAUGAUUCACAAUCCAAACCUGUUGAUGCCAAGAUUACUUUUGGAUGUGGUAAGGUCCAAACUGGUAUAUUUUCCAAUGUAGCAGCUAAUGGUCUUCUUGGGCUUGGCAUGGGAAAGAUAUCAGUUCCAUCCCUCUUAGCAAGCCAAGAGCUUACCCCAGAUUCAUUCUCCAUGUGUUUUGGAUAUGAUGGUUAUGGGAACAUCGAUUUUGGAGACAUAGGCCCAUCAGACCAGCGAGAAACAUCCCUCAAGCCCAACUCUUCAUCCUACAAUGUCACCAUCAUUCAGAUAACUGUGGCAGGAAAACCCAGCAAUGUUGAAUUUACUGCAAUUUUUGACUCUGGUUCCUCUUAUACGUACCUAGCUGACCCAAUUUACACUCUCGUUACUCAGAAAGUAAGCUAUUAUCUUGGGAACAAACAUUCUCGACAAGAUUCUGAUUCCCAUCUAUUCCUAUCCAGUCUAGGAACACUCUUUCAACAACCGCAUCUGAAUUUUACUAUGGAUAGUGGCUAUAUUUUUGGCGUUAUUUCUAUGUUUGUUGCCAUUCCUACCGAUGGUGGACAUGCCAUUUGUCUUACCAUUGCCAAGAGCACUGAUAUUAAUCUCUUUGGACUGAAUUUCAUGGCUGGUCAUCGUAUCGUCUUCAAUCGUGAAAAGAUGGUUCUGGGCUGGAAUGAAGUGAACUGUUUCGACAAUGGCGCCGACAACUCCCCUCCGUCCAACUCUCCGCCGGCCGACGCACCAUCACCGUCCGGCGACUCUCCUCCGGCACCUUCUACCACUAGAACAAGCAACAGCACGCAGUCAUCGCCGGGAAUUGGGACGGGUGAUGCGACGCAGUUAAACCCGCUUGCCUGUCUCUCUGUUGUCCUUCUUGCUAUUUUGUUUGUUGUUUGACUUUCAUUAUUUAUUUCGUAUAUUUUAUUUUAAUUCUCAAAACUAUUAUUUAAAAA